AUGGACUCUGUCCAUGAGAUCGCAAUCACCGGUCAAAACCUGCCGGCCAAGUACAUCUACACCGACGGCAUAAACCCAAGCCAGAACCCAUCGAUUCCUCUCCCCCUGCUGGAGAUUCCAGUCAUCGAUUUCAAUCGCCUUGCGACUCCAUCCACCGGCACCGGAGAAGAGCUGGGAAGGCUUCGUUCAGCUCUCAGCUCGUAUGGUUGCGUCAUGGUAACAAACCACGGAGUGGCAAGUUCACUCAUGGACAGAGUGCGGCUGGUCUUCAAGCAAUUCCUUGCUCUUCCCAUGGAAGAGAGGCUGAAAUGCCAGAAGGAAGUUGACGGGUUUGAUGGGUAUGGUAGUGACAUGAUAGUUACCAAAGAUGUAGCAGUAGUUCAUGACUUUUCUGCGCGACUGCGUCUAAUCACAUGGCCUGAAGACAGGAGACAGAUGAAGUAUUGGCCUGAAAAGCCACAUGAUUUCAGGGAAGUUCUCGAUGAAUACAGCAGCAAGUUACGAGUGCUUCACGAUGCAACCCUCAAGGCGAUGGCCAGGUCACUAAACCUGGAAGAUGACAGCACGUUUCUGAAGGUGAUCAGAGAAGGAGGGACGAUCUCUUCCAGAUUCAACUUCUACCCACCAUGUCCAACACCCGAUCGAGUUCUGGGGCUCAAGCCGCAUUCUGAUGGAACAGUGAUUACCUUUGUGCUGCAAGACAGAGAAGUGGAAGGGCUUCAGGUUCUGAAGGAGGAGCAGUGGUUCAGAGUUCCAAUCGUUGCAGAUGCUCUUGUUCUCAACGUCGGAGACCAACUAGAGAUAAUGAGCAACGGGGAGUUCAAGAGCCCAAUUCACAGAGUAGUUCUGAACCCGAAGAAGGAGAGGAUAUCCAUAGCUACACUUUCUUUCCCUCAGGAGGGUAAACAAAUUGAACCAUUUGAAGGUUUAGUUAGUCGAGAAAGGCCGAGGCUUUACAGGCAGGUGAAGUACAAUGGAGUUACCCAACUGGGUUACUAUCAGAGUGGGAAGAGAGUAACAGAUGAGGUGAGAAUCUGA